AUGGGGGAUAAUCAGGACGACGAUCGGAGCCAGAGCAGCGACUACACGUCGGAGGACGAAGGCACCGAAGACUACAGGCGAGGAGGCUACCACGCUGUUCGAAUCGGCGACACUUUCAAGAGCGGACGGUAUGUCGUUCAGACCAAGCUCGGUUGGGGCCAUUUCUCCACCGUCUGGCUCGCUUGGGACACCCACCACUCUCGUUAUGUUGCUCUGAAAGUGCAAAAGAGUGCUGACCACUACACUGAGGCGGCAAUGGAUGAGAUAACCAUCUUGAAACAGAUUGCAGAGGGGGACACAGAUGAUAAAAAAUGUGUAGUGAAGCUUCUGGACCAUUUUAAGCAUUCGGGUCCGAAUGGACAACAUGUUUGUAUGGUUUUUGAGUACUUGGGUGAUAAUCUGUUGACACUUAUUAAGUAUAGUGAUUACCGCGGGGUGCCACUCCAUAUGGUUAAGGAGAUUUGUUAUCAUGUUUUGGUUGGAUUGGAUUACUUGCAUAGACAGCUCUCGAUUAUACACACUGAUUUGAAGCCGGAGAACAUAUUGUUGUUGUCAACGAUAGACCCUUUCAAGGAUCCGAGAAAGUCAAGCGCGCCUCUUAUUCUUUCAAGCAGUAAGGACAAGGAUGCAUCGGAGUCGGGGUUUGCAAAGGCAUUGAAUGGGGAUUUGAGUAGGAACCAGAAGAAAAAGAUUAGAAGAAAGGCUAAACGAGCGGCUCAAGGAUGUGCGGAUAGAGACGAAGCUGAUGCUGAUCUAGAAACAUCCACCGAAGUAGGGUCAUCUCCUAAUACAAAAUUGAAUGUGCAUUCCGGUGAAGAUCAGGCUACUAGUUCUGUCAGUAUGAGUAGAUCAUCAGAUGCUGAUGGACCAAAGGGCACUCGCCCAGGAAGUCAGGGUAGUAAGAGAGGGAAUCGCACAACAAGGCAGAAUUUGUUGGCAUCAAUUGACCUGAAGUGCAAAUUGGUUGACUUUGGGAAUGCAUGUUGGACUUACAAACAGUUCACAAACGAUAUCCAAACAAGACAGUAUAGGUGUCCAGAGGUGAUCCUCGGCUCAAAGUAUUCUACCUCAGCAGAUCUCUGGUCUUUUGCGUGUAUUUGUUUCGAGCUUGCAACUGGUGAUGUACUCUUUGAUCCCCACAGUGGCGACAACUUUGACAGGGAUGAGGACCACUUAGCAUUGAUGAUGGAGCUUCUUGGAAUGAUGCCACGGAAGAUUGCUUUAGGUGGUCGAUAUUCCCGAGAUUACUUUAAUAGAUAUGGUGAUUUGAGGCACAUCCGUCGCUUGCGUUUUUGGCCCCUGAAUAAGGUUCUCGUAGAAAAGUAUGAAUUCAGCGAGCAAGAUGCAAGUGACUUAACAGACUUCCUUGUUCCCAUCCUUGACUUUGUCCCUGAGAAACGGCCUACUGCUGCACAAUGCCUUCUUCAUCCAUGGAUUAAUGCAGGUCCUCGAUUAUUGGAACCAUCUAUAGCUUCUGAUAAGAAACAAGGCGUGGACCAUGACACGACUGAAAAGAACAAGAGGGAAAAAGAUGAGAGGGAGGCAAUGGAGGCUGGAGUGGAAAAUAUUGCCAUUAAUUCCGAUUCUAAACCUGUCAAAGAUCUCCCAUCUAGUAGUAAACCCUCCAAGGCAGCCUUUUCUUGUUGGGCUGUGAGAUUGCUUCGAUUGGCUUGA